UGAUUAUUUUCUCUUUUUACAUCACUUCCAAUGAAAAGGACUCUGUUGCUUUACUGAAAUAAUUUAAUUCCUUUUCAUUAUUAAAAGAAAACGCUCCUUGAGUGGACUUAAUUUACAGCUCGUCUUUUCAUGUGCCUACCACUUAAUCUCUCUUGUUUUUAUUUCUCUCUCUUUCCUAGCUUGACCGGCGGUCUCCGGGAAGCCAUUGUGGUCAGAUCAGCUAAAAAGCCUGAAGUUCAAACACUAAACAAUUGCAGACGUCAAUCUGCGGUGGUGCACCCUCGACACUUGUAUUUAGCGCAGGAUGCAGGACAUCACUGAUAAAGUUAAGCCACAUAUUAUAAAGGAAAAGAAGGAUUAAAGAUUGAUAACUGAGACUCCAUGGCUGUUGAAAUAACUGAACAUUUGAGCCGAAAAUUACGUCCGCUCUCUAGCAAUCCAAAUUUGAAAAGUGAAGUUGAAAAAUCCAUAAAUGAGCUACAAGAGUUGCAGAAAUCCUUGGAAAGUGCAGUGAGCGUCCAAGUAAUUGACAAAAAAACUAUUGAUGACUGGUUGAAGCUUGUCAAGGAUAUCUAUCUUGUGGAGGACAUGAUAGACUCCUUCUCGGACACUAUGAUACUGCAACUCCACAAAGGUUUCAAUAUGAAGUAUAACUCCGAGAGCAUCAAGUGCUGGUUGAGCAAAAGGCGGUUAAGAAAAAGGAUUGGGAAAUUGAAGGACAAAGUAAUAGAGCAAAGGAAAGUUAAACCAAUGCAGUCAUUGAGUAAUACUGAAGCUGUGGGAGUUAGACCAAAAGUAAUAGAGCAAAGCUCAAAAGCUGUGGGAGUUAGACCAAAAGUUUAUUCAAGAGAUAAACAGGCCACCAUAGGAGAAGAUGUGCAGGUUUCGCUUGAAUGUUCAUUGAGUGACUUUUUUGAUGUACCAAUUUCUUCAGUUGAAAGUCAUGGCCAAAAAUGGUUUGAGAAGAAACCGGUUACGAUUGUUUUGGAUGAUUUAGUAAAGAAAUUAGCUCAGCCAGUCCUUAGUCGAUGCAUGCUUCAGUAUCUCAUCUCAAAGGCUUUAGUUGCAUUCUCAAGUAAGGCAAUUUUAUUGUGGGCAGUCUACAAUUCAGAAGAUAUCAAACAAUAUUUCCAAUGCAUUGCUUGGGUCCAUGUUCGUAAAGAGUCUGAAGCAACGGAUAUCUUGCAAGCCAUUUUAGAACAAGUUAUGCGUAACAAGACGAAAGUGAAACAAGUAGGCGAGGUGCUUCAUGAUUUCUUAGUUGGGAAGAGGUAUAUGAUAGUUUUAUAUGGAGCUUUGACGGCUAGUAUUUGGAACAAUCUCAAAUCUGCCUUUCCUUUCUCUUUUAACGGUAGUCGGGUGAUUCUUGCAAUUCAUAAUAAUUCACUGAUCAUUGGAGAAAAUGGUAUUGUUGAAGAAUGGCCUCGACCUUUUAAUUAUUUGGAGGAUGAUUCUAGCACCAUUGCCAUAAAGGCUGCAAUGAGUAAGCUAACGCAAUCGAUCCUCAGUUCUGACAGGUUGCUGUUUCUCAUUUCAAUUGUGGGUGUUGGCAAGAGUACUCUAUUGUGGGAAAUAUAUGAUGCAAAAGAAGUCAAGCAGCAUUUUGAAUGCUGUGCUUGGGUCCAUCUUCAAGAAGAGUUCGAAGAAAUAGAUGUUUUAGUUGAAAUUUGGAAGCAAAUAGGCGUCAGGGAAAUUAAACUAUCCCUUGAGCCAAUGCGACAAAUGGUUUGCAAUUUCUUAGCUCAGAAGAGGUACCUAAUAGUUCUAUGUGAUGUCUGGACAUCCAGUGUCUGGGAAAGUCUCAAAAUUUCCCUUCCCAACUCCUUGACUGGUAGCAGGGUGAUUCUUACCGUACCUCAUGUAGAUAUAGCACGGAAAACCAAUUCUUGGGUCUUUCAAAUGACUCCCGGGAUAGAGUUGUUACCUGAUUUAGAUUUAGAACAGCUGCAUGAAGAUACUCUAGAUCGAAAGGUUGCACAACGGUGGAAUUCAGUUUCUGAUAUCAUGGAAAACGAGUCUGAAAUCAUAGGGAUGAGGGAUACGAUAGAGGAAUUAGCGAAACUCGCACUCGAUAGCUACAGAUUGCAUUAUUUGAUUUCGGUGCUAGGUGAGGCAGGUUCUGGCAAGACAACUCUUGUGAGGGCAUUUUACGACAGCAUUGCAACUAAGCAGCACUUUGAUUGUCGGGCUUGGAUCACUGUUCCGCAAGAAUAUGAUGAAAGAGAUCUCCUGCUUGAUUUAUUGGGACAACUUAUGAAGAAAAAGCAGAAACAGAGCUUAUCCAUUGAGCAACUACAAAGAAGGUUUCACCUUUUCUUGAAUUGGAAGAGAUAUUUGAUAGUUUUAGAUGAUUUACAGACGCCUCAGCUAUGGAAGAAUACACUCAUUCAAGUCCUCCCGAAUUCAUCAAAUGGUAGCAGGGUGAUCCUCACCCUUCGCAAGGCGUAUCUAGCGUACAAUAUGAAUCCACCAGCCGUAGUUCUCCCACUACGCCCGUUAAAUGAGGAUGAGAGUUGUAGAUUGUUCUUAAAGAAGGUACAAAAAAGCGUGGGUGAUGAUGACGUGCCGUCAGAUUUGAUGCAAAGAGGCCGUGGUCUACCUCUUUCGAUAGGUCUAUUGGCAGGUCGGUUCAAUCAACAGGCUUCUUUGGCGACAGAGAAGAUAGAAGGAAAUGAUGCGAGGCUAAAAUCCAGUGAUACUGAAGAAAAUCCUCUCAAGACAUUGGAUGAGUCCUAUAAGCUCCUAGACUACCCUUUAAAUCACUGUCUUCUUUAUUUGGGUCUCUUUCCCAGAUCAUAUGAGAUCCCCAUAAGAAGGUUGCUUCUCAUAUGGCUUGCUGAAGGACUGAUCAUACAACCAGAAGGGAACACAAAAACUCUGGAAGAGCUGGCCAUGCAACAGUUUGUACAACUAGAAAGCACAAAAUUGGUUCAGAUCGUUAAAUGGAGCUUAGAUGGAAGUCCCAAAACAUGUCUCCUACCGAAUGCAUUACACGAUGCUUUGUCUCCAAAUGCCGAGAAGUUUGGAUUUUUCCACAUACAUCGCAUGCGCAGCAGUUCAACCGCAUCCAAUUCCGAUACAACACCGUAUAGUAUCCCUAUCCGGAGGCUUGCAGAUGGGUUACAAAUGUUCAUCCAUACCGAGCAUGAAAAACACUGCAUGACAAAUCUACGUUCAUACAUUUCAUUCUACGACAGAAAAGGAGAUAGACCUGCAGAUGGGAUAGGAGACCUUCUUAAAAAGAUUGUCAAGGACAGUUUUGGAAAGCUUGUAGUGCUUGAUCUAGAAGGUGUUUAUAAACCAGCGCUUUCUGAGGAUAUUGGAAGACUGCCUUGUCUAAAGUAUUUGGGCUUAAGACGGACUCAUUUGGAUUCAGUCCCAAAGUCAGUUGCCGAGCUCCCUCGUUUACAGUCUUUAGAUGUAAAACAUACUAAUGUAACCACUCUACCAAGCACCAUUUGGGAGGAAAAGAAGCUUCAGCAUCUCUAUAUGAGUGAAGUUUAUGUUGACUUCUCCAUUCAGAUGGGAUGUGAUCAUGAGCGAUCUUCAACUAACCUUCAUACUUUAUGGGGAUUGAAAAUUCGAGGACAGAUCCCGAUGCACAAUCAGUUGAACAGGUUGGUUGGUGUAAGGAAAUUGAAAUUAACAUGCUAUGAAUCAUCUAUGGAAGUUAUAGAUGCCUGGCUUUCAAAACUAACAAAUCUUCAGUCCUUGAAGUUGAGAUCAGUGAGUGAAGGACACGAGUCUUCAAAACUUGCAUUGGAGAGCAUGAACAAGCUCCAGAGCUUGUGUAAAUUAUAUCUGCUUGGAGAACUAGAAAGGCCGAGAAAGAUACUUGGUGAACUUCCAAGAAGUCUCUCAGUCCUUACUUUGUCAGGGUCAUAUUUACCAUAUGAUCCAAUGGAAAUGCUUGCGGAGCUGAAAGAACUGAAGGUCCUUAGGCUAUAUGGUCAUUCCUUCUUGGGGAAAACUAUGGUUUGUAGGAACAAGUUUCCUAAUCUUCAAGCCUUGAAACUGUGGAAGCUGGUGGAACUGCAGCAUUGGAUUGUGGAGGAUGGCACCAUGCCAGUGCUGGAUAAUCUUGAGAUCAGAUACUGCAAUCAACUAAAAGAGGUUGAUGAUCUGGAGAAAUUAACCAGCUUAACAAAAUUAACCUUGACAGGUGUGGAAUGGUCUGAAGAUUACGUUAAGGAUAAAAUGGGCAGCGACGUAAAAAUCGAUAAAGAAACACCGGGAGCUGUCUCCUUCAAGAGAAACAAGAAAUCAGGCGAAAAUGAAAUCUCAAAGUGACCAAGUCCAUGGCAUCUGCAACUGGAAAAUAAAAGUCCCAACGCUAGAGGAUACAAUUUCCAGGGUCUUCAGCCUUCAGCGGUCGGCAACAGUUCCAGAAGGGUUCUUCUAUUUUUCUUUUUUCGCAAGAUUUUAUUCCUGUCUUUUAACUCUUAUUUUGAUUCCAUAGCAUCUAAAGCACAAAUGCAUUGAUUGAACUUUGGUAAUAUUAUUUCAAUAAACGAUGGAACAUAAUUUAUAUUUAUAUGUUGCAUUGAUUGAGAAAUAGUAUAAUUUUUAAAAA